AAAAUCUGGAACUUGCAGAGGCAAUGAGUAAGACCCAGCAGAAACCGACUGCGGAGUCCCGUUUUCUAGAGUUUGGAGAGAGCCUGGAGAUGACUAAGCCCAAUCUUUUACAGAUGAGGACACUGAGGUCCACAGAGGUGUCACUUCCAGAGACGCGCCCCACGGGGUCUCGCAGCCACAAGGGUCGGACUCGGAGCUGCGGCCGUCAUUGCUCUACAAUCAGUGCAUGUUCCUCGCUGACGUCAGCCGGAGCUGUCCUGGCGCUAUAUAAGGCUGGCAGCAGUCCCGGGACAGACCCCGUGUUCCCCAAGGCGCCCUCAGCCCGCCCCGAGGGACCGAGACGGGAGCUCCUUCCUGCAGGGUACAGACGCUCUCCGGCAAACUGGCCGGUGGUACCAUGAGGCCGGCGGGACGCGCGGCGCUGCUGGCGGCGCUGCUGCUCCUGGCACAGCUGCGCCCGGGGAGCAGCCAGUGGAGCCCGGAGGCGGCGGCGGCCGGGGUCCAGGACCCAAGUCUGCGCUGGAGCCCUGGGACACGGAACCACGGUGGAGGGGCCCGCGCGCUCCUCUUGCUGCUGGCGGAGCGCUUCCCGCGCCGCGCGGGACAGGGCCGAUGGGGAUCCGCGAUCACAGGCGAGCGGCCGCGACGGGACGACCCUCCGCUGUCCAUUGACCUCACCUUCCACCUGCUACGGACCCUGCUGGAGCUGGCGCGGACGCAGAGCCAGAGGGAGCGCGCCGAGCAGAACCGUAUCAUAUUCGACUCGGUGGGCAAGUGAUCGGCGGGGUCUGGGGCCCCGAAAAUCUCGACCCCCACCCCCACCCCCGGGCUGAGACGUACGCGACAGGAACUGACCCAGUCCCGCGGGGCUAGAGCGGCCUAGGGAUACCCUGAGCACUCUCCGCAUUACUAGUUUUUAAUAAAAGUGCCGAAGAGCCGUUGGCCUCUGCUGCGGGGCGCGGGGAACCACAGCAGGGUGUAAACCCGUGGGAAAGUGGGGCUCCCAGGUCGGCGAGAGGGGACCAGAUGCUGCGGGAGGGCUCCGCGAGAACGGCUUUCAGCCAGGGUCCUGCGGUCCCCAUCGUCCCCAAGUCUCCCAGGAACUCAAGCACCGGUGCCGCCGCACCACCACCGACCCUCUUGGCACUGGGCUUGCGAAUCCGUGCCUGAUAUCGAGGAGGUGCCCAACAGGGGUUCAUUCCACUUCCGCCCCCGAAAUGGUCCCAGAUUAGGAGAAGGUUGGGAUGGAUGGUGAUGCGAUCGUCGCCGAAGACGAGGCUGAGAGAGUGAGCAGUGAAAGGAGCUGCGGGUCGGGACGCGUUAGCCCUUUAUUGAGCCCCUCCCCCGCGGCGGCGCUCCGAGCUGGGUGGCGGGUGGUCCCUGCUCAGGUCCUUCACCACCCGAGCGCCAGGCCGCCGGUGCGCAGCCUCCCCAACAGGGGCGAGUCAGUGCAGGCCUGUCCCCGGGAAAGAAAGCUCGGUGGGCGGGCGCUCCAAAGAGACAAGGCAACUCUGAAGCCCAGCUCACUCCCUUUCCCCAGCCUGGAGGGUUUCUCCUCCACUUCCCCACCCAACUCGGACUCCCAAACCCCCAGAGGAAUGGAUGGUGGGAAAGAAAGUUGUACUUCAGCACGCGCGCUAGGGGGCGCACCCCUCCUGGUUGAGGUUGGGAGUAGGGGCCCCAAGCGAUCCUUUAUGCAGCAGAGAGGGAGAUCGCCGGGGGAGGGGCGGUACCAGGCAGACCCCGCCAAUGCCCACACUCACCUUCCGACGCCUCCAGCCGCUCUUCCUCUGGCCCUGCGCUGCCCUCUUCCCCGUCCAACGCUACCUCCUCAUCCUCUUCCUCCCCAGAAGCGCCUGCGCGGAAGGAAGGCUGGGUGAGC